CUUCCUAUAAGAAAAUGCACGCUCCCCCGGCUCGCUUGAACGUUUAUCGGUGUUCUCUUCUCAUCUCCGCCGAGUUUCCUCGUGUCAAGCCCUAGUCAUCGCUUCCGGAAGAGAACAGCUUCUUAAUCCUUCUUCUAAUUAUCAGUUCCCACCAUGAAGCUCUCUUUCUCUGUGCAAUCAAAAUCCAACUCCAAGUCAAACCCCAUCAAGCCCUCCAACAAAUUCGACGCGGCCGCCGCCGAUAUUCAAGAUGGGAACUCCAAGGCCAGAGAGUAUGUUACAGAGUUCGAUGCAUCGAAAGCCCCUUCUGAUCCUAACAAAUCUACCAACAUGGUUAUUCCCCCUAUAGAGAACGAAUGGAAUAUAGAGAGGUCCCACAAGAGAAUGAAGAAUCUAGACUUACCCAUCACUGAAUCUAAUGGAACCGAGUUGGGGUUUGAGCUGGAUACGUCGGCAGUUGUGGAACCCGGUGCGGACAUGUCUUAUGGUUUGAAUCUUAGGCUGACGAAGAAUGAUGGAGACGGGGGAAAACCUGCCGAUGGCAGUGGCGGUGACGGUGAUCAUGACGGAAGGUCGCGACCCGUUUCUCUGGACUCUGUGGUGCUGCAGAAAUUUAAGGACGAUAUGAAGAGGUUACCGGACCAUAGAGGCUUCGAGGAGUUCAAAGAUGUCCCUGUUGAGGGUUUUGGUGCAGCUUUGCUUGCGGGGUAUGGAUGGCGUGAAGGAAUGGGAAUCGGAAAGAAUGCGAAGGAGGAUGUGAAAGUUGUACAGUAUGAGAGGAGGACUGCCAAAGAAGGGUUGGGUUUUGUUGCUGAUCAUGCUCGUAAGUGGAGUUCGAAAGAUGAAGUGAAGAUGCCUAAGGAGCAUGGUGGACAUGAAAUGAAGGUGCCUAAGGAGCAUGGUAGACAUAGUUCCUUCUUGGGAAAGGUUGUUAGAAUAGUUGAGGGCAGAAAUGCAGGUCUGAAGGGUAAAAUUGUACGAGAGGUUGAAGAUAAAUGGGUUAUUUUAAAACUUUCCAAGAGUGAAGAGGAAGUAAAAGUGAGCCUCGGCGAUUUUGUAGAGUUGGGUUCUAUUGAAGAAGAGAGGUUUUUGAAGAAAUUGAAGGAGUUAAAGAUUCAAGAUGCUGAUAAAGAUAGAGAUCGAGAUUCAAGGAAUAAACGCGGUAGAGAUGAAGGAAGGAGAGGCCGUGAUGAGGUUGCAGUUGAUGUUAAAAGAGAUAGUAGGAAGGAAGGGCAGGGGAAGAAACAAGUUUCGUGGCUUACAAGUCAUAUUCGUGUCAGGGUUAUUAGCAAAGAUUUCAAAGGAGGGCGAUUAUAUUUGAAGAAGGGGCAGGUAUUGGACGUUGUUGGGCCUGCUACUUGUGAUAUAUCUAUGGAUGAUGGCAAGGAAAUCAUCCAGGGGAUUUCCCAAGACGUUCUUGAGACUGCUAUCCCUCGCCGAGGGGGGCCAGUUCUUGUAUUAUAUGGUAAACAUAAAGGCGUUUAUGGGAGUCUGGUUGAGAAAGAUUCGGACAAAGAAAUUGCUGUUGUUAGAGAUGCCGAUACCCAUGCACUGAUCAAUGUGCGGCUUGAACAAAUUGCAGAGUUUACAGGGGAUCCAAGUAUCCUGGGAUACUGAUUCUGUUGCAUCAAUUCCAGUGCUGGACCUAUUUUUAUGACCCUUUUGAUUGAUUUUCCAAAGUAACAUUCAUAGUUCAGAAUUUGAUAUGCGGUUUUUUACAAACCAGGGGAGAAAAAAUUAUGAAGGUUGCUAGGAGCAGAAUACAUUCAUAAAAUGUAAUGUUGUUUUAGUUAACCCUGCACAUCAAUGUGGGCAAUGCAGCCAUCCAAAAUUGUGCAAGAGUAGAUGGAGGAAUAGCAUGAAGCUUAGUAGUUGAAAAUUGUAAAUAUUAUACGCCCAAGUGGAGUCUCCAGGCAGUCAAUUGAAGAAGUGACUUCUCUGGGUGGAUGAUGAUGAUGGAAGCAAUACUAAACUAUUUGAUUGGUGGAAAGAUGAUUUGCUCGUCCAGGGUGAAAUUUGUAGUUUUGUGGGGAUAGAUUUUACACAAGUCUCUUCUCAUGCAUGAACUAUUAUUGGCUCAACAUUAGAGUGCUUAGUCCUCUAGGUCAAAAAUCUUCCACGGGGUGGAUUUUGUUCAGCCUAGGGCCGGUUAUUCUGGUUGGCCAAACUUAGUCGGAUUAGUUUAAAAUACUUGAACAUAUAAAAAAGUUCAUAUAGUCAAUAUUAGUCUUAUCUUGA